UUUACCCUGCUAGUUUUGGGGAGCGCGAGCUCGUGGUCCAGAGAGCAAAACAUUGUAGUCACGUAGUGGGGUUAGCAGUUUGUUUGUUUUUGGCGUGACCGUGUGCGAAACAAGCUAAGGCGACCUAGUCUUUUUGCAGAGGGACGCAGACACGCACACACACACACGCGCGCGCGCACCAGGCUAAAGUCCCUUUCACCUCUCAGUUUGUGAACUUCUGGUUAGUUUGGGCUCCAAAAGUUCCCCUAAAAAGCCCCCGCGUGACGUAGUGAACAGCAACGCCCGAGCAGUCUGUGAAACCUAUAAUAACGCCUGUUUGAACUUCACCGCCUGGAAGGUGUGAAAGGCCCCGGCAUGGACGAGGCAGAGAAGUACCAACAAAGGCUGCAAGCCAUCGCGGAGAGGCGUCGGAGGCAGGAAGAAGAGGAGAGGCUGGCGAGGGAGACUGAGGAGGAGCGGUUGAAGACGGCCCAGGAAAAGAGGAAGCACUUGAGGGAGCAGUGGCUGAGUGAGGCGCCCCCCCCCGUCGUCGACGAGCCCGCGACAGGGGAGCGAACCGAAAGUCAAAAGACGCCCGAGGAGGAGGAGGAGGAGGAAGCAGCUGGCACCAGAAGCGAGGAGCGGGCCUCCAGAGAAGAAAACAAAGAAUCUGCAGUCAGAACACACAACAAGGCUGGCACUGCCGAGGACGCGCAACAAGUGAACAAAGAGGCCGACAAUCUCUUCUCCGUACAAAUGGCCCAAAGGAUGUUUCAUGAAAGCGGGCAAGAAGGCCGAUCAGUGCUGGGAAUGUUGGCGGUGCAGGUCGAGAGAGACCCCAAGACGGGCGCCACCGUCGUCAGGUCGGUGGCGCCCGUGUCCACGCCGGCCGGCGUGCCACCGCCAACCGCCGUCUUCGACGACGGCAGGAAGAGCAUCCAUGCCGUCGGCGGAUCGGGAAGUGAACUCUCGACCAAAGAGCUCGGGCAGAUCCUGAGCAUCGUCGACGGCGUCGGGAUGACGGCGCUGCUAGACGACUUCCAGGCCGGGGCGGAGAGUGUCGAUGCCGGCGGAGCUCCGGAGGGACAAGUCGUGUCUUUUUCUUCCCGGCGUGGCUCGUCAAAGGAGGAUAGUGCACACUUUGCCUGCUCUGGAGGCCACGACUUGGAGGCUGAGCUGGGGAUAGAGGAGCGCUUUGCAAGUAUGGGACACAAGGAGGAUAAAAAAGAGGACGGGAGCACCACAGCGGUCGGAGACAUCGCAGGAGAAGUGGGCGAGGUGGAAGAUCUGAGGUUGGAGGAAGGCCCGGUCACUCUCGUGUUCCUGGGUUACACGGACGAAGACCAGGGAGACGGCCGGGAGGAAAACGGUGGCAUGCUCAUCGCAGAGCGCGUCAUCAUCACCGAGGAGGGAGAAGAACACGUUUUGGGGCCUGAAACGCCGGCUUCGCCUCUGGAAGGGAAAGAGUCCCGGGUGUUUCAGGACAUCCCCCUGGACGGAAACGGGGCAGGAGUGGAAGUCCGGGGAGAGGAAGGUGGUAAUGGGCGGCAGGACUCCUCUUCACCCAGUAAAGCCACUUCCAAGAGCAAGAGCUGUCAGUGUUGCUCUGUGAUGUAAGAAGAUGAUCGAAGGGAGAGACGCGUGGUGCUGAUACGAGAGGCUGGAGCAAUACCCGGUGAGGUCUCUGAGCGCCCAUCACGUCUGCUCACAUUGACCAAUGAAAGAGAACUGGCUCUGAGGGACUGCUACAACCCUCUUCCUCCCUCUGGUGGACAAAGCUGAGACUGGCCACAGGCCCUCACAGAGAUAUUUCUCAUCUCAGACGUCUCUGUCCCUGAGGACUUGUUCUGUGCCUUACCAGCCAAAACGUUUCCAUAUGUUUCGCUGUUGUUUGCUUAACGAAUGUAAAAAGCCAAAGAGCAGAAGAACCUUCAGUAAUUCUGGUGCGAUUCUAAAUGAAUGUUAAAACAGAAGAAAAACCGAGCGGUAUUUGUAACAACGUCCUUUGAACCUUUAGAAGUUGUAUUUACUCACCCACUACUCCUCAGGCCUUUAGAUGUUUCUGAGAAUUUGGGAUGUUUUUUAAUGUCAUGGGAGGGGUUCAUAUUCUACCAAUAAACAUUAAUUUAACAUGUUGA